GUCUCUUCUCUCUGCGGGCUGAGCACAGAUCACUCCCGUGGAUUAACCAACCCUCGCACCGAAGAGUCGUCACGCAUGACAUCACGGAUUCCCACACCCAAAGCGUAAAAUGAGACCCAUUUAAUAUUUAACCAGCGGACCUGAACACUGAUGAUGAGGGGAGACGCCUGGAUUUUCAUUUUUUGACGUCGUGGGGAUUACACAAAUAGCCUAUAUAAACAAUUUAAAGUAGGCUAUACAAUUAAUCAGAGAGAUGAUGGCGCUUUUAUGAACGGUGGAUAGACGAACACCGUCAUCAGCAUCUCUGCCUGUCGGCUCCUUUGUGUUAGUAGAGAAUGUGAAUGGCGAAAGAUGACAUGGCAGAGGUAGAUUCAGCAUCCAGUGGAGUGGAACCCCCGGGCGUUCUGGAUAUAGCAUUCCCGUACGAGGAGUAUGAAUGCAAAAUCUGUUACAAUUAUUUCGACCUUGACCGUCGCGCACCCAAGAUUUUAGAAUGCUUGCACACAUUUUGCGAGGAGUGCCUGAACACUCUCCAUCUCCGCGAGGAGCGUCCAUGGCGCAUCAGCUGCCCUAUAUGUCGCCACAAGACGCCCGUGCCGGACUAUCGUGUACAAAACCUGCCCAAUAAUACCAAGGUAACGGAGGAUUUCCCCUUGUACAUUGACUCUGACCCUCUGCCUCAGGAUGCUUUGCCCCUGUACCCUCCCCCGUUGCACCCCGCACUCGUCGCCCUCAGGCGCGAGGAGACAUCGGGGGCGUCCACGAGCCAAGCUACCCCCUCCACUACCUUGUCCACUGCCACUACACUCUCACAGGACUCCGUGCGCUAUGACAGCUGUCAGAGCUGCAAGCGGGUUGCCCUGACUACGGGCUGUGUGUGCGCGAUCUUCUGCUUUCUGUCCAUGCUGGUUCUGCUCUUCAUGGGACUGAUCUUCGUUCACAGUCACAGCAGCCCGCCCUCGCCCGCGGGACCCAUCUGCCUGUCGGUGGCCAGCAUCCUAGCCAUGUUCUCGGUGGUCGUCACGUGGCUGAUCUGCUGGUUAAAAUAUAGACCCGAUCACGAGACAGGCCGCUCAUCUGGAACGAAUAGGCGGAACGCCUGAUGAUGAAGAUGAAGAUGGUGAUAAUCAUGAUGAUAAUGUGAUGUGUGUGUGUGAUUAUGUAUAUACUGCUGUAUACUAGCAUAAUGUCCCUCCCUCCAUAUCUUUACUUUUUUAGAAAUAAACAUUGUCCAGAAUGGCCUUUUAACAGUAGGAUAUAGCAAACACCAUAUAAAGACCUUGACAUGCUCAUUGAGCAGUAAGCCUACAGUAGCCUACCAUUGAUACAUUAAUACAUGCACUUGUGGUAGGCUCAUAUGAUGAUGGGUAACCUUGAGACCUAGAUUAACUGCCUGUCGCUCCCAGACUAGCCUGGUUGAAUGCACAGAGUUGAGGACCAGGGUUUGAUACCAGUUUCCUGAAAAGUAUACCACUAUUACCCACUAUGCCUCUCACUGUAUCAAAACCUGUCCUCCCUCCCUUGCAUCUCAAAGAUGCACCUGUCUUUGUUAUUGUAUUGUGGGCUAUACAAUUCCACAUGCAAAGGUUUGAGAUUUUGUAUCACGGCUAUAACAGGCCCACUGUUAUUUGAGAAGUCAUUAAUAUACACUACAUGGUCAAAGGUAUGUGGCACCUGCUCGUCGACCAUCCUAUUCCAAAAUCAUGGGCAUUACUAUGGAGUUGGUCCCCCCUUUGCUGCUAUAACAGCCUCCACUCUUCUGGGA